AUGCAAAAGCCCAAAAGAAUUUUCGUUUCAGAAAUGAACUAUCGGGAUAUUGAAGAUCAGUACAACCUUAAAUUAAACCAUCUUUUUCUCAUGAAAAACAAAGUGGAUUUAGAGAAUCACAUACUCAAGAAAGAAAUUUCUAAAAUAUAGGAACAUUAAAUUACAGCAAACCCUUAAAUAAUGCUACCACUAUUGCCUCAGCAGAAAAUAGAAUUAGAAAAUCAAUAAUUGGCUUAAUAAAAGUAGUCUUUGACUUAUGAUCUAAAGGGAAGAGAUCCUAAGGGAUUGCUUCUUGAGAAGGAUAUUCAUAUAGAUGAGCAAGAUAAAAGAAUUACAAAACUUACACAUAAGCUAUAGGAGGUAUAGAAGCUUAACUUAGAAUUGGAGCAGGAUUUAGCUAUUAGUAAAAAGAAAUUUAAAGACCUUCUUUAAAGCAAGUCUGUGACAUAGCCAAGAGUUUCUGAUGAAGCAUUUAGGGAGAUGGAGUUAGAAUGUAAAUAAUUAAAAGCUUAAACGAAGGAAAAGGAUUAGUUUAUAUCUAAAUUAAGUUUUGAUCUUGAAGAUCAAAGAGUGAUGCUGAAGGAGGUUGACAGACUGAGGUUUAGCAUAACUGAACUAGAGUUAGAGGUAAGUUGA